AUGCUCGGUGGUGGUAUGACUCCUGUUCUUGCUGCAGGCUUCGUCAAUGUUUCCGAAACAUACGACGUCUCGGUACCCCAGGUUGCUCUGACCACUGGUCUGUAUAUGUUGGGCCUUGGUCUUGGUAGCGUUGUUGCGUCACCUACCGCUAUUCUGUAUGGCAAGAGACCUGUAUACCUCGUCGCGUCAGUCAUCUUUGUGCUGUCUGCUGUCUGGUGUGCAUUGUCGCCCAACUAUGCUUCCUUGGUACUUGCACGUAUCUUCAUGGGCUUCGCUGUCAGCCCUGUCGAAUGUCUUCCCUCUGCAACCAUUGCCGAAAUCUUCUUCUUGCACGAGCGUGCCUACCGGUUAGGUAUAUAUACUCUGCUCCUGCUCGGUGGUAAGAAUCUCAUCCCCCUGGUGAGUGCCGCCAUCAUCGAAUCGCUUGGUUGGCGAUGGGUCUUUUGGAUCGUCGCUAUGGUGGUAUCAUUCGGUGCUGUCUUGUUAUUCUUCUUCGUCCCUGAAACUUUCUGGGAUCGCACACCGAGGCCUUCUCGACACUCACACAAGCACCACCGACCGAGACUGAUGAGCAACAUAUCCUUGGCCUCUAUCUUCCACCGAGGCCAUGCCGAUAACCACGCGCACGAGGCCGCGCCUGAAUUGGAAAAAGGAGAAAAGCUCGAUCUCUCUCACACCGAGAGUCCCACCAAGACAAAGGGAGAGAAGCGACUGUCAAGACAUGCUCAUUUCAGUGAGCCUGAUGACGGCGAGAUCGCUCCUGAAAGUGGUAGGAAGUUGAGCGUGCCAGCUUUGAACCUACCAGCCCUCGAAACAGCCGAGACUCCCGAGCCUCAAACACCACAGAAACCGCAGGCCGAUGCUUCGUUGCAACUUCCUUCUCCGGGCGUGCAGCCUGCCUCUCCUGGAUCGCAACUCUCUCCCCAAGCAAGUGCACUAUCGCCAGGAUCGGCGCAUUUCUCUCCUGGAGCACAACACUUGUCGCCAGGAGAUGAUCCCUUCGUGUCUUAUAGAUCCACAUCCGGGCACAACCAUAUGAGAUCCAACAGCGCUCAAUUCGACAGUGUUCCUCCUUCACCUGGCCACUCUGUGGAUGCUAACAACCCCGGCUUGGUAUAUACAACUUUCUACCGCGCUGCGCCACCAAAGUCUUUCGUCGAAACCUUGAAGCCGUAUGCCGGACGUCUAUCCCAAGACCAUUGGGGCAAGGUAGCUCUUCGUCCAUUCAUCCUGUUCGCAUACCCUGCCAUCCUGUGGUCAUCGUUGAUAUACGCACUCUCGGUCGGCUGGUUGAUCGUACUUUCCGAGUCCGUCUCAGUCAUCUACGAGAACCGCGAGACAUAUCACUUCACCCCUCUACAAGUCGGCCUCGUCUACAUCUCCCCCUUCAUCGGCGGCAUCCUCGGCACCGCCGUCGCCGGUCGCUUCUCCGACGUCAUUGUCCGCUGGAUGAGCAGAAAAAACGACGGCGUCUACGAACCUGAAUUUCGCCUUAUCAUGGCCAUCCCCGUCACCAUCAGCACCGUCAUCGGCCUCAUGGGCUACGGCUGGAGUGUUUCUGAACACGAUGCCUGGAUUGUACCCACCAUCUUCUUCGGUAUCAUCAGUUUCGGCUGUUGUGUAGGCUCCACCACCGCCAUCACCUUUGCCGUAGACAGUUAUCGCCAAUACGCCGGAGAAGCACUCGUCACCCUCAAUUUCUCGAANAACAUCUUUCACGGCUUGGUGUUUUCGCUCUUNUUUAAUCGUUGGCUUGAGAGUGAUGGCACCAAAAAGGUCUUCCUUGCUCUGGGUGGCAUUCAGUUGGGCUGUCUGCUCUUUACUAUCCCCAUGUACAUCUAUGGAAAAAGAGCAAGAAUGUGGACGGUGAGGAAGAACUUGAUGGAAAAGUUCUGA